AUGAGCGACAGUGAAGUGAGCGAUUCUCUCAAACAGAGGGUCUCCGCCAGUGAGAGGGCUCAAUGGAUGACCAAGGGAGCCCUGGUCCGCGACGAUUCUGACGACGAGCUGGGGGUUGAGGACCUCCCGUGGGAAUGGAUCUACGAUGAGAAUGAACCGAAGGAAGAGGAAAUCAAAGAUGGCAGUCCACAAAAGCGAGGUCGGAGACGUUCUUCACGACCUGCACCCCAGCGCCGGAAGAUUGUCGCGGCGCGGAUGGGUCGAUUUGAAUGCAAAGUCGGCGAAGUGAUUCUCUUGAAGUCCCCGGAGGCCGGGAAGGACUGGGUGGGCGUUGUCACUGAGUUCGUCGAAGAAGAAGACGAUGAAGAAGAGGAAGAGAUGGUCAAAUGCGCCAAUAUCAUGUGGUUCGCAUCACCCGACGAAUUCAUGGGAACCCGGAACAAGCGCCGCACCGAUGCCUUGCCCAACGAGCAGUACAUCACACUCGAUUUCAAUACCAACCCUUUGACAUCGAUCAGCGGAAAGGGUAUUGUUAUGUCACAGAAUGCCUUCUAUAAGAAAUACCCGAACGGUCCUCCGAAGGACAAAACCGAAUUGGCGGAAUACAACAAGUGCAUUGUCUGUCGACGAGGCGUGAAUCAGGUCCAAGGACGUUACACGGAGGAGUUCGUUUGGGAAGAGGUAUACAAUCAAGAGAGGAUCCAUGAUCUGAUCGACCUGGUCAAGGAGGGCCUGAAGGGAUCGAGAAAACGCAGAGCUGCGGACGACGAGUACGUCGACAGCAAGGAGUCUGCAGCCCCCAGCACUCCAAGAAAGAGACAACGACUGGCGACAGGAAAUGCGACGCCGCAGUCACAGCGCAAAAAAGCCUUGACUACUCCAACUCACAAAAGAAUCGUGGUCAAGAAGCCGCUCGAGUUCACACCUUUGGGCACACGAGUCCUGUCCCCUACCCACUUCGCAUCUCCCUAUCGUCAAGCCCGCAACCUGCUUCACGUCUCAACCGUUCCAGAUUCAUUACCAUGUCGAAAGACCGAGUUCAACACUGUUUACAAUCAUCUCAGCGCUGCAAUCAUGGAGGGCACAGGUGCUUGUAUCUAUAUCUCAGGCACCCCUGGUACAGGAAAGACCGCAACAGUGCGCGAAGUAGUUGCACAGCUGAAUGGCGCCGUCAUGGAAGAAGAGAUGGACGAUUUCAUCUUUGUUGAGAUUAACGGCAUGAAAGUCACAGACCCACACCAGUCUUACUCCCUAUUGUGGGAAGCCCUGAAGGGUGAUCGAGUAUCUCCCUCGCAUGCACUGGAUCUGCUUGAGCGAGAAUUCUCAGCCCCUUCUCCCCGUCGAGUAUCUUGCGUGGUACUUAUGGAUGAAUUGGACCAACUGGUCACAAAGAACCAGUCCGUCAUGUACAACUUCUUCAACUGGCCUGCUCUCCGCCACUCUCGUCUGAUUGUAUUGGCCGUUGCAAACACCAUGGAUCUUCCCGAGAGAACACUCAGCAACAAGAUCUCCAGUCGUCUCGGUCUAACCCGCAUCACCUUCCCCGGAUACAGACACACAGACCUGAUGGAGAUCAUCAGUACCCGUCUCGCCAACGUCCCGGGCAACAUUGUCGACCCAGAUGCCGUCCAAUUCGCAAGCCGAAAGGUAGCAGCCGUCAGCGGUGACGCCCGAAGAGCCCUAGACAUCUGCCGCCGCGCCGUCGAAAUCGCCGAGCAAGCAGCCGACGAAGUAGCCGCAGCAGAGGACACCCAAAAAGACGAGACAGAAUCAUUGCCUCCAACACCAAGCAAGACUCCUGCCAGACGCAACAAGGCAUUAGCAGCAGUAGCCGCCAACGACCUGCCAACCCCCAAAGCUGGACCCACAAAGGGCCAGCCAGGCCGAGUAACAAUUGCCACAAUCAAGCAAGCCAUCCACGAAGCAACAUCAACACCACUCCAACAAUCCCUCCGCUGCCUUCCUCUAUCAGGCAAGCUAUUCCUUGCCGCGCUCCUAGCACGAGUAUCCCGAACAGGUGUCUCAGAAUCAACAUUCGGCGACAUCCUAGACGAAGCACGCCGCAUCGCCGAUGCAGCUGUUGCUGUUGCCGGUGCUGCCGGUGCUGGUGUGAAAGAGUUCCUGCUAGGCGGUGGUCCCAGCGCUCGAGUGCGUUCUAUGGGAUAUGCCGCUAUGGAGCUUAUGAACUCUGGAAUUCUUGCGCUGGAGCAGGGUACUGGUUCUAGGAGUGUGCUUGGUGGUACUACGAUCCCUACUCGCGGUGACCGCAGCAGCAAGGUUCGGCUUAGAGUUGCAGCUGAGGAUGUGAGAUCUGCGUUCCGGGAGGAUGUUGAGGCCAAGGGCUUUGGAUUGGGUAUUGAGCAGUAA